CAGUUUCAGGCAUAAAAAAAAUAGAGGUUUUAGGUGAAGGGGGUGGCAAGAUAAACCCACAGUGGAUAAACCUGAGAUAAACCCCCUUGGAUAAACCGGUGAAGGUGACGGAGUAGCGCAGCAUCAACGUGAUGUUUGUCGAACAGUCUUGUGUCUCUCCGACUUCAUCUGUAAUGAGUCAUGGAAAUCAACGAGAAUAUAUGAGAAAGGCCUUGUACAAGAAGGGAACGCCGCCAUGGAAGGAACUUCAUAAACAGCGCGUCCGUGACCGGCUGAGGGAGAGCCGCCACCGUCUGCUGGGCCGGCUGCGCGGCCUGGACGGGCCGGCUGGUCCUACCUCCGAGCAGGACCAGCUGCUCCAGCAGUGGGAGCGCUUCGAGAAGGAGGUCAUCGCCGAGGAGGCGGAGCGGCUGGCGCGCGAGCACGGCCUGGCCCAGGCCGAGCUGGAGCACGACUGGUCGCUGCUGGCUGAGCAGCUGUUCAGCGACCAGCUGCCCUGUCCUCUGUGCCAGGCGGCCGCGCAGCUGACGGCGCAGUGCCGGCUCAGCUGCCGCUGCGGCCUGUCCGUGUGCGCGCCCUCGGCCGACCCGCACUGGGUGCGGCGCGCCCUGGCGGCCGCCGCCGCCGCACACGAGGCCGUUUGCGCCGAGCCGGAGCUGUUCUACUCGCAGUGCGACGGCCAGCUAACGGUGCUGUGCGCCAGCUGCGGCCUGCACGGCCCGGCCUUCCCCUGACGGCUGACUGGGCCCCGGACCGCCGCGCCGGCGGCCGCUGCUGGCCGCGGCAGACGACGGGCGUGUCAGCACGACUCCGUGCCGGCCUCAAAGUACCUGAGCUACCAGGAUCGAGCCAGUGCUCCAUUGGACUUUUGUGAUGGUAGAGUCAUGUGAUAGGCACCUGCGCGUGCCGCGUAGCCAUGUCUCCUAGGUUAGUAUUGUCAGCGUUUAUGAUGCGCCAAACAUUUUAGUGAUGAUCGUUUAAAUGCAUUCUAUAGAAGCGUUUUCUUUUACUAAAAAUUCACUGCUUUGCAGUAGUUUGAAGUAGGCAAAUCAUAUUUUUAAUCCAUUAAUGGGUCGCCUGCCUUGCAUAUGGUUUUAUUUGGAUGGAAGUGCUGUUUCGUCCAGAACCAUGUUGAAAAUAAAGAAAUGUAAGCCACAG